UUAAAUUAUUAAUUUCACAAAACAAAACAGAGAAAAGUCUUCAUUCUUGAUCAACUUGUGAUGAAUUAGGGUUUUCUCUGCAACUAUCUAUCGCAGAAUUGUCAAUUUCAACUCUUUGAUUCGAUUCAUCAGUUAAAAACUAAGCUCUGGCAAUUGAAACCAACUACAAUGUCCUCCUCAGAGUCGAUCAAUGGCGGCGGAGGAGGAGAGGAUCCAGAACUUGGCGAUGCUCAUGUGGUGGAACUGGUUGCAUCAUCAACACCCGAUUCUAGUUCUGAUUUGAUUUCGGAGGAGCAAAUUAUUCCUCUUUUGGCUCCAACUGAGAAGCCCAAGAUCAACAUCUUCUCUGUCUCCUACCCCAGACGAAAAACCAAUAGGGAGCAAGUGAUAAGAUCAUCUGAAAUAGAGACAUCACCUUUUACGCAGUUCUUUAUGUGGGCAUGGAGUGGAUCUAGGUACUCUGGUCUACUAUGCAUGGCCCUGUCAUCUACUAUCUACUGUAUCAUGGAAGUUCUUUCAGAUAUUUUUUCUGCUCAAUCAAUACCUCUUUUUGAGAUAACAUCUACUAGAUGUACAGUCAUCUCGAUUUUAUCAUUUAUGUGGCUGAGGAGGAGUGGACAACCGAUGUUUGGGACAACAAAUGUCAGGAAUCUUUUGGUUUUAAGAGCUCUCACAGGAUACCUCUCAUUGUUGAGUUUUGUUUAUUGCAUUCAAAGGUUACCACUCUCUCAGGCUAUCAUAUUGAGCUUUACAACUCCAAUUAUGGCAUCCCUUGCAGCAAGAGUUAUCUUGCGGGAAAAGUUGAGAAUCGCAGAAAUAGGAGGUCUUGCUUGCAGUUUCUUUGGUGUGCUAUUCAUUUUCCGGCCAAUGCUUACCACACAAGGAUGGCUAGCUAAAGCUGCAGAAACAAGUGAUUCAUAUGUUCAUGGAAGCUAUCAUAUUUAUGCUGUAUUGGUUGGUUUAUUUUCAUCAAUAACUGGUGGAAUCAGCUACUGCCUUACAAGGGCUGGAGCAAAGGCAUCUGAUCAACCAGUGGUCACAGUUUUUUCAUUUGGAGUGCUUGCUAGCCCUGCUUCAAUAAUAUGUACAUUUGCUUUUGAGGAUUUUGUGCUGCCUAGUCUUUAUUCUUUCUUUCUCAUGAUUGCUCUUGGCAUACUGGCCUUCUUUGCAGAGGUAUUUUUAGCACGUGGGCUUCAGCUUGAGAAAACCAGCAAAGUUUCAAAUAUUCAGUACAUCGAGGCUGCCUUAACACAACUAUGGGGCAUGGGUUCAUCAAGAAUAUUUCCAUCCUUCGGCAGACUUGUUGGGUGUUUACUUAUCUUAAUUUCAGCAUGUUGCACCAUGUACAUUGGUCCUGACAAAGAUUUUGAAUGAUUAUAUAUCUGGGCUUUGUGUUCUAACAAAUAGGCCUACCCAUUCUUUGUUAUAUUCAACUUGUUUUAUCUUCACAAUCUCCAAAAUUGUUUUAUCUUUGCAAUUUCCAAAAUUGUAUCGAUUCGUUUACGCUUCUUUCAUUUCGUUGCAAGAUGACAUCAAAUCCAACCCAGCUUCAGAGACACAAUUUUCAAACCGUUAUCUGUUGGCUUCCGUAAUUUUGCAGUUAUAAAUGCAGGAAAAUAUUGAUUUGUAUACUGUCUUCCUGCACAUGAAAAUCAACAUGUAUUUUUGAGGCAAGAAAGAAAACCAGCAUUGUUAUGUGACGAAUUUACAAACAAUUGAUCUCUAUUGAACUGUAGUUGAUGUAUAUUGAGCAUUCCCAUUCUGAAUGUAUAAAUUUGGUGUCAUUUCUUGUAUC